AACUUGGUUAAAUGGCGCCAAUGUACAGCCAAAGUGUUUAUGUAUGUUCUCACCCCAUUUAUAAUAGCUUCGUUUUCUUAUAUACUAUAGGGAGGAAAAGGUUGCACAGUGAGAGAAAAAUGGCAUCAAGGGGAAGAGGAAGAGGAAGAAGAGGAAGACCCAGGAAGGUUCGGGGUUCUGAUCUUCUGCAUGGGUUUUUGGUUUCUUGCAUUUUCAUGAUUUUAAAAAAAAUAUUAGUUGUUUUUUAGCCAAGGGAGACUCGGAUGGAUGCAGCCUUGGACGCGAUGAAGGAAUAUGGUUUCAAGGAGAAGGAUAUUAAGCAAGCAGUGAAGGAGCUGUUAGAGGUAUACGGUGGGACUCAAGCCUGGCCACAUAUCGAAGAUCAUGGAUAUAGCAUGCUUCUUGAAGUUAUUUUAAGCAACCAGGAAGGGGAAAAUGGAGAAGCUGGGCCAAGCCAGACGGGAGCAAAUCAACCCGAAGAGACAAUGGCCUCGGAGCCUCUAAAUGGUGACACGGAACAAAAUUUGGAUACUGCACCAAUAGGUAGUAUGGAGCCUCCAAAUAAUGCCGAACUGCCUAUUCCUGACAUCAUUGAAAAUGCACCAAAUAAUGACAAUACAGGUAUGGAAGACUCCCGUGGACUUGAUGUUACUCUUAUGGCCCCUGUUAUCAGCUCAGAUGUCAACCUCGGUAAUACUAACACCGAGCUUUCCCUGGCCAUCCUCCCUCCACAAGCACCGGGGGGAACUAUUCCAAAGAAAAGACGCAGGCCUUGCUACGGGUGGAUUGAUGAUGAUGAUGAAGACUUGAAUGACAUUGUGCAUUUAAGACCUUCUUAGGGUGGUCAUUGAUCUUAUUGGUUGUCUAGCAUAUUUUGGCAAACCUAUGAAUGGCCGGUUCUUAUGAAUUCUGUAGAAUUUUAACUUGGAGCAAAUUUUCGAAGUGGUUGCAUUUUCCAUCUUUUAUACUU